AUGGAGUUUGAGAAGAACAUCCUAGCUCACAAGGGCUUUUCCAAGAAGCUGCUGGCGGCUCUUCAAGAUUGGAAAAAUCAACAAGUGCUUAUAUCAAAUAGUAAUGGAGAAAGGACCACAAAAGACCUAAGGCUUGUUUUCAAAUGUGUUGACUCAAAUAACAAAGGAUGUCUUAAUGAAAAUGAAGUGCACAGUGCUCUAGAACUAUUUGGCUUUGUAGUCAACAAUGAAGGAAAGGAAUACAUAAGAAAAUCCAUUAAUUCUAAUAAAGGGAAUCUCAACUUCAGCGCAUUCCAGAAACUUGUUACAGACUGGCAGGGUGUGACACGAGAUUUUUACAGAGAACUCAAAAAAGGAUUUUCAGUCAUUGAUUUUGAUAAAGAUGGAAAAAUAACAGCUGCAGAUUUAAGGGAAGCCUCCAAGCUAGCUGGAAUUCACUUUUCAAGCAAAGAGCUAGAAGAGAUGCUGCAGGCAGCUGACAAAAAUGGAGAUCAGGCAGUGGACAUGAGGGAAUUCAUUGAGAUAAUGUUAAAGACCAAUCUGUUCUAAACAAAAACAUUUCAAAUUGUAUUAUGCCACCUGAGAAUUCAAUUAUAUA